AUGCCUAUUCUUUGGUCUAAUCCCUUCGCAUCGAUUAAUCCAAAAAUUAUUCCAGUCUAUAUGAAAUUUUUGUCACAGAAAGUCAGGACAAGGCUAGAAGGCCGAAGUUCUCAUGAAUCAACAACGACGAAAACAAAAUUAUCAAAUCAAUGUCCGACUUUUGAUUACGCGGCUUGUAUUCAUCACUUGGAUUUCUAUAUAAUAUACAUGUCUGCUGUUUAUUACUAUCAUUUGUUUCCUGAUGAAUCAGCAAGAAAGUUUUUUGAAGAGCGAGAAGUGUGUAGUAAAAGCGCGCUGUUAGCUCGAGAAUUAAUUCAGAUGUUUAUUAAGAAAAGUAGAUCUAUCCAAACACUUGUUUUUGUAAAGUCUCGUCGUUAUACUUUACUUCCUGUGGUAUUUGCGCCAAUGAAAAUCGACAUUACAGCAGAAUCAUUAAGAAAUCUUCGCCUUUUAGUUUUUUCCGGAUGCAACGGAAUGUUUAAGCUACUUCAAGCAAUGGCAAAAUGUUGCACACAGAUUGAGCAACUUGCGGUACGAAAUAUGGGAAAUAUGGAUACUAGUGAAAAAGCUGUAAAAGCACUAGAAAAAUUACUAGCCCCUCAAAGAAGGUUAUCGCAUCUAUCAAUUACCAAGGUCGAUUGUGAAUCAUUAGCGACGAAUAUGAAGGAAUUGAUUUUAACCUCGCAUAAAACAUUGAAGAUAAUUUCCUUGAGCGCAUGCGAUGUCGGGGAAAAAGUAUUCAACUGGCUGGCAAAUUGUGAGAAUUUGGUUAAAUUAACAUUGGAUGAAUGCAGAUUUCAUGAAUUGCCAAAAAACUUUCAAUUGCCAGCAAAGAGUUUCAGUAAAUUGAAUGAACUUCGUAUACAACGUUAUGGUCCAUCUCUGGAAAUAUUACAUUCUAUGCUAGAACAUUCAAAUAGUUCUUUACGUAUUCUAUCGCUACCUUUAAGUGAAAAUCUCCACCAAAACAAUCUUUUACAUAUUGCUGACAAUUGUCCGAAUUUAGAAUGGAUUCACACCGGAAUCGCAUAUUCUAGUUUUUCACAAAUACAAACUCUUCUUAAAAAUUGUCGUAAACUUAAGGUUCUUCAAUUAAUCAACGGAGAAAUUAUAGAAAUUUUUGAUGAAGAAAUUGAAGAAACUAUGUUGAUAGAAGAUGGACAUUCCCUCAAAAAUCUAGCACCUUGCGUUCCUCCUACAAUGACAGACUUCGCUAUCUGUGCACAGAGAUGUUUUACACCGACCGACGUCAAUGACUUUUUAAAGAACAUUUCAUGCAAGUUACAAACUUUUCGAUAUUUAUAUAGUGGAUGUAUUGUAGAGCAUCUUUCAGCAAUUGACGAUUAUGCCAUUAGUAUGGGGAAAGCUUUCAAAGAAGAUAUCUUGAGUGGUUCGGUCACGUUUGGGUAUCUUGGAAUCCAAUUCACAGAUGAGGAUGAAGAAGUAGUUAGUGAUUCAGAUUAUUUGGAAUUUUAA